CAUUAUGCAUUUAAGUCUGGGUAAGAGUGUACCACAACUUAAGAAAGUAAAAUCUUACCUAUAAUUUGAUAACUAAAGGACUUUUAAAUACUUAUGAUCUUUUCCUAAAUUAAUUUGUAUAAUUUUGUAAAGUGAAAGAAAUACAUUUCGUCAUCAAAAAUCAUGUCAACAUACGAAGAAGAAUUUGUAAACUUUAAGCCACCAAUGCUGCCUGAAGAUCUCGCUCAAUUUCCAGAUCGUUUUUCUCUUACAUUGGCCAAAAAGACUUUGUUUAUUACUGGAGCGUCAGGAUUUUUAGGUAAAGUAUUACUAGAAAAACUACUACGCAAGGCUCCUGAUGUAAAAAAAAUAUAUGUGCUUAUGCGGUGUAAAAAAAGUGUGGAACCAAUAAAAAGACUAGAAGAUUUAUUUUUAUCACCACUGUUCAAUUACCUUAAAGAAUUGCGGGGCUCUGAUAUUUUUAAUAAAGUAGUCUCAAUAGCUGGAGAUGUUUGUGAACCUAAUUUGGGUAUAAGUGCAAAGGAUUAUGCAAUACUCAUCAAAGAGGUUGACAUUGUAUUUCACGUAGCAGCCUCGGUACGUUUUGAUGAAUCUCUUGCUAAAGCUGUUACAUUAAAUACUAGAGGUACUAAGUUGGUUCUAAAUUUAGCAAAAGAAAUGAAAAAUUUAAAGAUUUUUAUGUAUGUUUCGACAGCAUAUUGUCAUCCAGAAGAAAAAAUUUUACAUGAAAAAGUUUACUCUUCUCCAAUAGACCCUUAUGAAGUUAUGAAAAUUAUAGAAUCACAAGAUGACACAUCUAUUGAAGCUAUGACUCAAAAGAUGUUUAAUCAUAAUUUUCCUAACACCUAUUCAUUUUCAAAAUGUCUUGCUGAACAACUGGUUGUCGAACAAAUACAAACCGGAAUGCCUUGUUGCAUUUGUCGUCCUUCUGUAGUAAUUCCUAUCUGGAAGGAACCUUUAGUUGGGUGGAUAGAUAAUAUAAAUGGUCCAGUAGGCUUCUUAAUAGCUAGUGCCAAAGGAAUUCUACGAACUAUGUAUUGUUCUUAUGAUAUUUAUGCAGAUUUUGUUCCGGUAGAUAUAGUUGUAAAUGGUAUGCUAUUGCUAGUAUGGAACUACUUGGGAAAUAAUGACACUGGAAAAAAUAUAGUAAAUAUAACGUCAACUGAUGAAAUUAAAGUUACAUGGGGAGAAAUCAUUGAACUGGGUAGAGGUAUAGCUACUAGAGAUAUACCAAUGAACAACUGUGUUUGGUAUCCUGGAGGAAGCAUGACAAAAUGUCGAGUUUAUCAUAAUAUUCGCGUGUUUUUCUUACAAACUAUACCAGCCUACUUUUUGGAUGCAAUAAUAUAUUUAUCUGGAAAUAAACCAUGCUUAGUUAAAAUUCAAGAGAGAAUCAAUAAAGGGUAUGAAGUUUUUGAAUACUAUAUUAACAACCAAUGGCAUUUUAGCUCCAAAGAAAUGCGUUCCAUAAGAGAAAAAUUAAACCCAAGAGAAAAGUAUGAAUACAAAUUAGACACAGAAGGCUUAGACUUAAAAAGUUACUUCAAGGAUUGCAUUAUGGGAGCUCGUGUAUACAUAUUGAAAGAAAUGCCAGAAACUCUUCCGAAAGCUAGAAAACAUAUACAAAUAAUGUAUCAAGUUGAUAUUACUGCAAAAAUUAUCUUCUUUGGCUUACUCUCAUACCUAUUGUUCUCUUGGACUGAUUCUUUUAUCGUAGUUUUUUUAUUUUUAUUGAACGUAUUACAAAUGUUUCCUGAUGUAGUUUCAUCAAUAUUAAGCUAAUUAAAAUUACGCUAAAGAUUUAAUUUAAAUUUAUAUUUUUAUGAAAUAUUAUAUGUAAAAAUAAAUUAUUCAUAAAUGUUUGUUAUAAUAUUUUAGACAACAAAUGAUU